GGUCACCUCUCCUCCCAGGGCCCGCCGCCCAGGCCGAGGCCGCGAGUGCCCGCCGGCCGCUUCCGCUCUCGGCGCAGGCGCUGCAGCUUGGCCAGAGCGGAGGGGGCUCGGGAGAAGAGUGGACACCGCCGGCCAGGAUGGUGCUGGAGAGCGUGGCCCGCAUCGUGAAGGUGCAGCUCCCCGCAUAUCUGAAGCGGCUCCCAGUCCCUGAAAGCAUUACCGGGUUCGCUAGGCUCACAGUUUCAGAAUGGCUUCGAUUAUUGCCUUUCCUUGGUGUACUCGCACUUCUUGGGUACCUUGCAGUUCGUCCAUUCCUCCCGAAGAAGAAACAACAGAAGGAUAGCUUGAUUAAUCUUAAAAUACAAAAGGAAAAUCCGAAAGUAGUGAAUGAAAUAAACAUUGAAGAUUUGUGUCUUACUAAAGCAGCUUAUUGUAGGUGUUGGCGUUCUAAAACGUUUCCUGCCUGUGAUGGUUCACAUAAUAAACACAAUGAAUUGACAGGAGAUAAUGUGGGUCCACUAAUACUGAAGAAGAAAGAAGUAUAAUAAUAAUAUUGUAACAAUAUUUUCUCAUUCUUUGUGUAUAGGAAAUUUUAAAGUGGUGGUCUUAAUUAUUACUACUGGUUGAACAAUUAUUUCUUCCAAUUUAUUUUCUUCCUGCACUACUGUUUGUAUUUGAUCCUUUGUCUAUUCAGUCACUUAAUUAGAAAUUAAAUUGUCAAGCCUCUUAUUCUGACUUCAAAGAAUUAAUGUAUCUUCCAACAAUAAAAUCACUUCUGAUUUUAAUCUAGGAAAACCUAAAUUGUGGCUAUGGAUCCAAAGCUGUUUGUUUCUUUGAAUAUCAAUAUUUUCAACAGGAUCUUGUAUUUAAAAUUCCCACCUACAUUGUUAAAUAUGUUAUUUUUUCAUAUCUCUUUUGGUUUUGAUAAUCUGAAGUGUUUUUUUCUCCUUUUGGCCUUCCAAACUGCAUUUGUUUAGGUGAAUUAAGAAAAAUAUUGCCAUCAAGAAUUACUUGUGUUUUCACAGAGAUAGAUAGACUCUUUGCUUUAUAGAGAUUGUUGUGUAUUUAAUAUGAAUAUCCCAGCUUUAGAAAAGAAGUAAACUGGAUACAAAAAGUUCCAUUGAGGAACAGUUAUUUACAAUAUAAAAGAUUUGUUUACUUUACAAAAGGCUUGUGUCUGUUUGUGUGUGUGUAUAUUUUAAACUGUUUGACUCAGUGACAGCUGGGGUGGAAUGGCAAGAACACUUAAACAACCAAACUCAUGGGCUGCUGCAAUUUGAAGAUCAAUUGGUAGUAAACAUAAGACAUAUUAAUUCAUAUUAAAAUAGUUCAGUGUUCAAAAUUGUGCUUACGUGGACAUUUUUCUCUUUUUAACACUAUAAACCAUUAAAAUACAGUCAUCCCUUGUAUACGCUGGGGACUGGUUCCAGGGCCACACAUAUACCAAAAUCUGCCCAUACUCAAGUCCCACAGAAAGUCUUGCAGAACCCAUACGUAGAAAAGUUGGCCCUCCAAUUGACCCUUGUACACAUGAGUUUCACAUCCCAUGCACAAAUGCUGAUCUGUGUGACUUCACCUGCAUUUGAUUGAAAAAAGUAUGCACAUAAGUGUACCCACCCAGUUCAAACCCAUGUGUAAGGGUCAACUGUACAAAAAAGUUUGCAAAAUAAACGUACUGGAGAACCAUUAAAA